AUGGAGCAACAGGCGCCGCCGCCCCCGCCGGGGGCCGUGGCGGUGGGCCGGGCUCGGCGGGAGCAGGACGCGGAGCCUGCCCGGAUUUCCUUCUGUGGGUCAAAAUCCUUCAGAAGAAAAAGUCCUGACAGUCCCAUGUUGAGCAAAGCUGAAUUUGUGGAGAAGGUUCGGCAGAGCAACCAGGCUUGCCAUGAGGGCGACUUCCACACAGCCAUCGUGCUCUACAACGAGGCCCUGGGGGUGGACCCCCAGAACUGCAUCCUCUACAGCAACCGUUCUGCAGCCUACAUGAAAAUCCACCAGUAUGACAAGGCCUUGGAUGAUGCCAUCAAGGCACGACUCCUGAACCCCAAAUGGCCAAAGGUAAGGAAGUGUAUUUGUCUUCUGUGUAUUAUUGUUCCUUUGUGA